CAACAACAUUUUCCGGUUUGUUAGAACCUGAUUUCUUUUAGUGUUGUCAAUUUGCGGUGGGAAAAUGGAGAGAGAAAAAGAAAGAUCAAGGAAGAAGGUGAUGGUGGUUAUAGAUGAGAGUGAUUGCAGCUACAAAGCACUGAUUUGGGUGCUUGAAAAUCUCAAAGAAUCACUCAAACAGUCGCCUCUUUUCAUCUUUGCAACACAGCCGCUUAUCAACUCCAAUUUCGCUGUUUCGCCAUCUCUAGGCUUUAUUCGCUUGACCUGCACUCUGUCUUACACUGCAGUUUUGACAAACCAGGCUCAAGAAAGGAACAAGGAGGUUUCUAUGGGACUUCUGGACAAAGCCAAGAGUAUCUGCGCCAAUGGAGGGGUGAAUGUGAAAACAUUUACAGAAAUUGGGGAUCCUAAAGAGGUUAUCUGUAAUGCAGUUCAAGAACAUAACAUUGAUCUACUCGUUAUUGGUAACAAUUCCUAUGGAAUUCUCAAGAGGGCUCUGCUGGGGAGUAGUUUAGCCGAUUAUUGCUUGAGCAACGCGAAAUGCCCUGUUCUUGUUGUGAAGAAAUCAGAAUAGGUGGCGUGAGGCAGAUGUGCUUUACAAUGUACAUUAUAUAUUAUGUAUAGCUACGAAUGCUUGUUGAAACUGCAAGUCAUAUAUAUGAAUAAUGAAGCAACUUAAGUCUUGUUUGCACCAAAAAAGAAAAUUAAGUCAUGGAUUCUAAAUUAUAUAUAAAUAAUAAGUUGACG